AUGUCAGCGGAGGAGAACAGGUGUCAGUGGAGGAGAACAGGUGUUAGCAGAGAACAGGCUGUUGUCAGCAGAGGAGAACAGGUGUCAGUGGAGAAGAACAGAUAUCAGCAGAGGAGAACAGAUGUCAGUGGAGGAGAACAGGUGUCAGCACAGAACAGGUGUCAGUGGAGGAGAACAGGUGUCAGCACAGAACAGGUGUCAGUGGAGGAGAACAGGUGUCAGUGGAGGAGAACAGGUGUCAGCACAGAACAGGUGUCAGUGGAGGAGAACAGGUGUCAGCGGAGGAGAACAGGUGUCAGCAGAGAACAGGUGUCAGCAGAGGAGAACAGGUGUCAGCAGAGAACAGAUGUUAGUGGAGGAGAACAUAUGUCAGCAGAGGAGAGCAGGUAUCAGUGGAGGAGAACAGGUGUCAGCAGAGAACAGAUGUCAGUGGAGGAGAACAGGUGUCUGCAGAGGAGAAUAGGUGUCAGCAGAGAACAGGUGUCAAAGGAGGAGAACAAGUAUCUACAGAGGAGAAUAGGUAUCAGCGGAGGAGAAAAGGUGUCAUCCAGAGAACAGAUGUCGGAGACGAACAGGUAUCAGCGGAGGGGAACAGCUGUCAGCAGAGAACAGGUGUCAGCGGAAGAGAACAGGACUGAAAUGGAUGCUAAAAAGCCAAGGAAAGGCAGUUUGACAUCCUUCCCAAUUUUGAAAGCAACAAAGAAACAAAAUCUCACCUCUGUGAAGGUUGAGAGUAAGCCUUUGCUUCAAAUGCAGAAACCACCUUUCAAGGUCAAGAACUUCAGGGUGUCUGUAACUUACCAGCUUCUCCUAUAGAACACUAACACCAGCUUCACGUCACUGCCUUUCGUGGACACCAAGGGGAAGAAGACCAUGGUGAACCUCCCACACAUCGGCAGUAAACUCCCACUAAAGCAGCCCUUGCUGUAUCAGGAGAGUCCAGCUCACCGUCAGAAGUCUUCUGAGCUCAAGCCUUCUGAGACGGUCUUCCCUUUGAACGUGAAAACCCAAGACGCCAAAGCAGAGGAGAAGCCGCCGAAGAAGCACAAACACAAGGUGCCUCUGACAGCGGCAGAGGCCCUAAAGUUUUUUAAGAAGCAGCUGUCUUCUUAUGAGCAAAGCGAGAUCCUGGGCUACACAGAACUGUGGUUCUUGGGUCUGGAAGCUGAGAAGCUCCACAUGGCUCCAGAAAAAUUCAGCAAGACAAGUUUCGAUGAUGAACACGGCUCCUACAUGAAGGUCCUGCACGACCACAUCGCCUACCGCUAUGAGGUUCUGGAGAUGAUUGGAAAAGGGUCCUUUGGACAGGUGGCCAAGUGCUUGGAUCAUAAAAACAAUGAAUUGGUGGCCUUGAAAAUCAUCAGGAACAAAACGAGAUUUCACCACCAGGCCCUGGUGGAGCUGAAGAUUCUGGAAGCUCUCAGACGGAAGGACAAAGACAACACCUACAACGUGGUGCACAUGAAGGACUUUUUCUACUUCCGCAAUCACCUCUGCAUCACCUUUGAACUCCUGGGCAUCAACUUGUACGAGCUGAUGAAGAACAACAGUUUCCAAGGCUUCAGUCUCUCCAUUGUUCGGCGCUUCACCCUCUCUGUCCUGAAGUGUUUGCAGAUGCUCUACAUGGAGAAGAUCAUUCACUGUGACCUCAAGCCCGAGAAUAUCGUGUUGUAUCAGAAAGGCCAAGUCUCUGUUAAAGUCAUUGACUUUGGAUCAAGCUGUUAUGAACACCAGAAAGUCUACACCUACAUCCAGAGCCGGUUCUACCGAUCCCCAGAGGUGAUCCUGGGCCAUCCAUACAACAUGGCCAUUGACAUGUGGAGCCUGGGUUGCAUCAUGGCCGAGCUGUACACAGGCUACCCACUGUUCCCUGGGGAGAACGAGGUGGAGCAGCUGGCCUGCAUCAUGGAGGUGCUGGGCCUGCCACCAUCCCACUUCAUCCAGAUGGCCUCCAGGAGACAGAUGUUCUUUGAUUCCAAAGGUUUUCCUAAAAAUAUAACCAACAACAGGGGGAAAAAGAGAUACCCGGAUUCCAAGGAUCUCACCGUGUUGCUGAAAACCUGUGACACCAGCUUCCUGGACUUCCUCAGGCGGUGCUUGGUCUGGGAGCCCUCUCUUCGCAUGACCCCUGACCAGGCGCUCAAGCAUGCUUGGAUUCAUGAGCCUCGGAACCUCAAAGCUCGGCCCAGGCUUCAGACCUUGAGGAAAAUGAGUCUCUGUUUCCCCUCUGAAUCCAGGAAGGACAAGGUUCAAGUACAGCAUCACUCUGGCAAAAAAGGUACAGCCUCUCGAAUAGCUAAAGACAAAAUCAAAGAUGGCGCCACCAAACAGGAUGAGAAUCCAGGCAAUCAGCGAGGCUCUGGCCAGCACACGGCCGAGGUGAUCCAGCUGCCUCAUCUGGCAGAAGCUUCCAGAAGGCCAGAGGCGGCUGUUGGGCCCGUGGAGUCCAAGACCUCCGCGGGACAACAGAACAAAAAGUCCUCCCCCAAGAACACAAAUGCUUUACCACCUAUUGUGUGA